GUAAAUGGAAGGAUAUAUGAGGAUUCAGGACCAAUUGGGGUGAAGCUGAGGAUAGCAGCAAUUAGUCUGUAAUGUAUCGUCCAUGAAGGAGGUUCGAGAUUAAAAGCAAGUUGAAGGUUUUUCUUGUAAAUUGAAUUUCAACCACAAUCAACAAGUGAAUUUGCUGUGGAGAGUUUCUCAAACUUUCGACAUCCUCGUGGUUAUCCUUGUGCUCUCUCUCUUCUCAUUUUUACAUUAAAGUAAAUUCAAUUUAUUUAAAAGAUCUCUUCUCUUUUGAACAAAUAAUACGUGUAAAAUAAUUAAAGUUUUGUGCAGAAAGUUUGUUAAAUUCUUUAACGAUUGAAUGGAAAUAAAUUUUAAAAGAAAAUUUCUUCAGAAAUAAAUUAAAAUAAAUUUUUAAUUAAUACACCUGAAUGUGAAAAACAAUCAAGGGAAUAGCUGCACAUUGUCCAGGAAGGACAACAGAGUGAGAAUUCUUCCCCCAAGUGAUGCAUUAUAUGCAGUUCAAUUAAGCGUGUAACUUCAUUCAUAUACUCAACCAACGUAUGUAUGAGAUCAAAGGACAUUGUAAAGUUCAUUUAACCGUGCUUGAUUCAACAUAACACUUCGCUCCCCCUUCUCCCCUCUACACAGAAAGAGCAUCCAAGUACAUAGAAUCUGACUAGACGGACAAACAUUAAAGAAAAUAAGAUAAAUAAUGCCUUCCGUGGAAAAAAUCGUCAUUUUAUUCAUCUCAAUCAGUCUGAUAAUGAUUUUCAACACUCAUCAUCUCUAUGCGGAAAAUAACAUUUGCCAUUGCUUGAGGUAUUCCGAGACAGAAGGUCUGGAAUGGGGAAAUUUCGAAAUAAUGCCACAAGAUUUACCAAACAACACAGAAUGCAUCAUCAUCUUCAUCGUGGCGCAAAGUAAUGAAAUUGUCGAAUUGCGCUUUCUGGACAUUCAACUGCGCCAAGAAUGUUUGGAUGAAAUAAGGAUAUAUCCACACCUCAAAAAUACAAUUAUAACAGACACCACCCUACAUGAAGACGUUAUUUGUGCCAACAAUGCCACAGAUUACUUCAGCAGUAACACAACAAUUUCCCCAAAAGUUAAGGAUCCAAUGCAAAGUUCAAAGAUGGCAGAUUUGAAGAAGAAAUUAAAAUUAAUUGAAGGAAACAUCUUCAAUGUUCUCCUGUUUAAGAAAGCAAUCUUCAGCUCAGACUCUGUCAUGGCCAUACAAAUUUUUCACCACAAUAUCACAACAUUUUCAAAUGAAAACUUUUCCAUUUCGGGAAAAUUCAGAUAUAUCAGCAAAGAUCUCUAUCGAACAACUGGGAAUUUACUAUCAACUACAUACUGCGACUACCAAUUUCUGCCGCAUUCAACAAAUUUUGCGAGAGAACACAAAGUAGAAAAUGCUAUUUUUAGACACUUCUACUCACCUAGAUUCCCAGCCAAGUACCCUAGUCACGUGAAAUGCCUCUAUAAAUUCAUCGGAAGACCCCAAAAUCGCAUUGAAAUCAUCUUCGAUGGGAUUAUUCUGCAAAGAGAUAAUCGAAGCUGCAUAAAUCAUUUGGAUAAAAUCACAGUUUAUGACAGCAAAACACUCAAUAAAUCCACAACUAUUGAUGUUUUUUGCGAUGUAAAGUGGAAUAAGAGGAUACUUAGCUCAGGACCUUACUUGCUGAUUGAAUUUGAAACAAGCUCAAACCAUACGUCUUACGGAUUUAGUGCAAAGUACAGAUUUAACGAGAUAGAGGAGAAAGGAAAUUCUCACAGUACUCCAAUUUAUUUAAGGACAACUGUGCAACCUACCGUGAAUAUUGCUGACAAUUAUGUUGCUGUAAGUCAGCAAAAAUUACUUCCUCAUCCCAAAUCUUAUGCAUCAAACUGUGAUGUGGUUUUGCAGUCAUCUGUGGCGUCGAAGGGAACAAUACAGACUCCCCUGAAUUUAGGAACCUACUCCAGUAAAACCGUUUGUCGCUAUGAGUUCCAGGGGAAGCCUCAAGAACGAAUUCAGAUUUCCUUUGCUGAAUUCCUUUUCCCCCCGAGAAAAGGAAAAGAUUGCGGUGAAAGCGAUGUAAUUCAAAUUUAUGAGAAGCUAAGAGAUGAAUUUGAGCUUAUUGAUGUCCUUUGCGGAGGAAUAACGCCAAAACCAAUAAUGUCCAGUGGAUCAAACUUGAUACUUGAAUUCCAUGGGACACAUAUUAGCAACAAGAAUAAAGGAUUUAAGGCGGACUAUGAAUUUCUGACGAACUUUGGAAUAUCUACUGGUUAUCAACUUCCUGACCACCCAUGCUCUUUCACCUACAACAGUACCAACAUCAAAAGUGGAUGGUUCAACUCCCCCAACUAUCCAGGAACUUAUCCCAAAAAUAUCGAAUGUUUCUACUACUUCUAUGGUGCACCAAUGGAAAGGGUCGCCAUCAGGUUCACGUACUUUGACAUUGAAGGAAUCCCCCCGUGUAGUAUUGACUCAGCCAGCGAUUACCUGGAAUUUUCCAACUUUGUCACCAAAGACCGCAAAUAUCCACGCUACUGCGGUGAAACAAAGGGCUUCACCAUUAAAUCUGAUGGGAAAUUCUUUCGGAUCCUCUUCAAGUCCAACACUUUACUCGAUGGAACGGGAUUUAAGGCAUUCUACAUCUUUGAAACGGAUAAACUAACCACGGAACCCAUUGAUGUGGAUGCAGGAUGUGGAAAAUUAAUACCAAUGAUCCUUGAAAUUUUUCUCUUAAUCCUUUUUGUACGUAAAUGUAUUUUGUAUGUAUAA